AUGAGGCCGUUCUCGAAGAACGAUCGUCGCCGAUGGUCGUUCGAUUCGAUUUCCGCCGGGAAAAACCCCGUCGGGAGUGAAUCUACUUCUCCAGGAACAGAAUAUUCCAACGGUGAAGAGUUCGUUGAGGUUACAAUCGAUCUACAAGACGACGAUACAAUCGUUCUCCGUAGCGUUGAGCCAGCAACCGCCAUUAAUGUCGUCGAUAUCUCCGGCGAAAUCGCUUCAACUUCUGGUAACGGAACAUUGACUCCGGUUUCGAUUUCUAGAUCUCCGACUAUGAAACGGACUUCUUCGAAUCGGCUCCGUCAAUUUUCACAGGAGCUUAAAGCGGAAGCAGUCGCGAAAGCGAAACAGUUAUCUCAGGAGCUUAAACGAUUCUCAUGGUCUAGAUCUUUCUCCGGUACUUUAUCAUCGACGGCGAAUCAAAACGGCGGUGGUGGUGGUGGUUUAGUGAACUCGGCUUUAGAGGCUCGAGCGUUACGGAAACAACGAGCUCAGUUAGAUCGGACUCGGUCUAGUGCUCAAAGAGCUCUUCGUGGAUUGAGAUUCAUUAGCAAUAAGAACAAAAACGUUGAUGGUUGGAACGAUGUUCAAAGCAAUUUCGAGAAACUUGAGAAAAACGGUUACAUCUAUCGAUCCGAUUUCGCUCAAUGCAUAGGAAUGAAAGAUUCGAAGGAGUUUGCACUCGAACUGUUCGACGCAUUGAGUAGGAGAAGAAGAUCGAAAGUUGAGAAAAUCAGUCACGAUGAGCUUUACGAGUAUUGGUCAGAAAUCAACGACGAAAGCUUCGAUUCUCGUCUCCAGAUCUUCUUCGACAUAUUAAAGGAACAAGCAGAGGAAUAUGCAGCUUUGAUUAUGGAAGAAUUAGAUCCUGAAAGACUUGGCUACAUAGAGCUAUGGCAACUAGAGACACUGCUUCUACAAAAAGACACAUACCUAAAUUACAGUCAAGCAUUGAGUUAUACAAGCCAAGCAUUGAGCCAAAACCUUCAAGGUUUAAGAAAAAAGAGUCGAAUACAUCGAAUGAGCUCGGAUUGCGUCUACUUCAUGCAAGAGAAUUGGAAAAGGAUAUGGGUUUUGUCUUUAUGGAUCAUGAUCAUGAUCGGGUUAUUCUUGUGGAAAUUCUUCCAAUACAAGCAAAAAGAUGCGUUUCAUGUGAUGGGUUAUUGCUUACUCACAGCAAAAGGAGCAGCUGAAACACUUAAAUUCAACAUGGCUCUUAUACUUUUCCCAGUUUGCAGAAACACAAUCACUUGGCUCAGAUCCACAAGACUCUCUUACUUCGUUCCUUUUGAUGAUAACAUCAACUUUCACAAGACAAUUGCAGGAGCCAUUGUAAUAGCCAUGAUCCUUCAUGUUGGAGACCAUAUUGCUUGUGAUUUCCCAAGAAUUGUUAGAGCCACCGAAUACGAUUACAAUCGCUAUCUGUUUCAUUACUUUCAACAGAAACAACCAACGUAUUUCGACCUUGUUAAGGGGCCUGAAGGAAUCACAGGGAUUUUAAUGGUCAUUCUAAUGAUAAUUUCAUUCACAUUAGCAACAAGAUGGUUUCGGCGUAACCUCGUCAAGCUUCCUAAGCCAUUUGAUCGUCUUACUGGCUUUAACGCCUUUUGGUAUUCGCAUCAUUUGUUCAUCAUUGUCUAUAUCUUGCUUAUCCUUCAUGGUAUCUUCCUCUAUUUCGCCAAGCCUUGGUACGUUCGCACGACAUGGAUGUAUCUUUCAGUGCCGAUUUUACUCUAUGGUGGAGAAAGAACACUUAGGUAUUUCCGUUCUGGAUCUUACUCGGUUCGACUUCUAAAGGUUGCUAUAUAUCCGGGUAAUGUUCUAACGCUGCAAAUGUCGAAACCAUCUCAAUUCCGAUACAAAAGCGGACAAUACAUGUUUGUUCAAUGUCCUGCAGUUUCGCCAUUCGAAUGGCAUCCAUUCUCAAUUACUUCAGCACCUGAAGAUGAUUAUAUCAGCAUUCACAUUAGACAACUCGGAGAUUGGACUCAAGAACUCAAAAGAGUAUUCUCUGAAGUCUGUGAACCACCUGUUGCCGGUAAAAGCGGACUUCUCAGAGCCGACGAAACAACAAAGAAAAGUUUGCCAAAGCUAUUGAUAGAUGGACCGUACGGUGCACCAGCACAAGACUAUAGAAAAUAUGAUGUUCUCUUAUUAGUUGGUCUUGGCAUUGGUGCUACUCCAUUUAUCAGCAUCUUGAAAGAUUUACUCAACAACAUUGUUAAAAUGGAAGAGCAAGCGGAUUCGAUCUUGGAUUUCAGUAGAUCAUCAGAGCACAGCACAGGAAGCAACAGUGAUAACACCAACAACAACAAUACGCCGAGACGAAAGAGAAUACUCAAAACCACAAAUGCUUACUUCUAUUGGGUUACAAGAGAACAAGGCUCUUUUGAUUGGUUUAAAGGCGUCAUGAACGAAGUCGCAGAGCUCGACCAACGGGGUGUGAUAGAGAUGCAUAACUAUUUGACGAGUGUGUAUGAAGAAGGUGAUGCUCGUUCUGCUCUCAUUACAAUGGUUCAAGCUCUUAAUCAUGCCAAAAAUGGAGUCGACAUUGUCUCUGGCACUAGGGUGAGAACACACUUUGCAAGACCUAAUUGGAAGAAGGUUCUCUCUAAACUAAGUUCCAAACAUUGCAAUGCAAGAAUAGGAGUGUUUUAUUGUGGAGUACCGGUACUAGGCAAAGAGCUUAGUAAACUUUGCAACACAUUCAAUCAAAAAGGUUCAACGAAGUUCGAGUUUCACAAGGAGCAUUUCUAA